AAUAGCUUUUUAGUGCACCUUGCAUUUCGUCUUAAUGUUGCACAUAAGCCAUUUUGAAUGCAUCCAGCUCGCAACCAUCAAUGGUAUCACAGUCAGUUUUUUGUUAGUUCUUGGUGACUCAGAUGAUGGCACCGGUUUUUAAUGUUGUCUAAAUCCAAGCAUGGCGUGUGAUCAGUAAAGCACACGGACAAGAUUACAAUGAACUCGAAGUUGCAACAGAGGCUUGAUUGAUGAGCAACACUCAGUGAUUAAAUCUCAUUUCCUUAAUGUCUAAGGAUGAACUGCGCUGGCUCCUCGCUGACCAUUUAGAGCUACUUUGUGUCUCAGAGAGGGUUAUGAAUUGUGUUUAGUUUUCCUCUCAGAGCCAUUACAAAUCUCACUUAAUCCCUGCUCUCUUCCAUCUGCAGGUGUUCAAACAGCCAUGCCAUCUUGGAGAGCAGCUGCAGCCGUCGUUGCCCACUUGAAGCCGAGAACGAUCGGAUUGGUUGGAUGAGGAAGCAGAGCGCUCUGGUUGGCUGUCCGAGAAUCAUUAAACACCCACACUGUCAAUAGUGAGACUCACAUGGUGGGUAUAUAGGCAGGUGUGUUUUAGCUUGAUGCAACAGACUAAAAAUUUCAUCAAGUUGAUAUAUCCCAUCUAUUUUGGAACGACUCUUUUCUACUCUCUGUUGCACGAAGCCUAACAUCUUAAGGUAAGUAAAAGUAUUUAUGAUCACACAUGGAUGUCUUUUACAAAUGUCCAUGUAUGGGUAAUGUUAAAUGUGACUCCAGGAAGCACUUUAUGGUAUAUACUUGACUCUUUAGCUGUGUAGAAAGGCAUGCUCUGUGGAUUUUCAAGGAGAAUUGGACAGCUCCUGAGCGCUGGCUGUGGGUGCGGAGAGAGAAGCUCAUUAUACUAAUGCACAGGAUCCCUCUGGAAGGGAAAUCAGGAGACUAAUAUCUUUAAUGCUGCAGUUAGAGCAUGACAGUGGAAGAUGCCGGCAUCAGGCACACAGACUCUCAUUCUCCUGCCGAGAAUAAGAGAACAUGCGCAAAAUCCUAACUUCAGAUCUGUUGUGUGAAGGUUUUCUUUGCAUGUUUGAACAGUCAACUGGUGUGCCUGUGACAUUGAGGGAAAUUCUUGGUUCGACUGUGGAAACUUAAUUUCCCGGGUUAACGCUGAAAAUAAAAUACACUUUCAGAAUGUAAUCUAAUGGCAGAAUGUCUCGCUACAGGGGACCAUGGUCAUGUUGAAGAUCUCCGCUUUCCUUGUUGCCUACGCACUGCUUAUUUGCCAGACGUACAGCUCUAAUGCAUCGCCUGCCAGGCCUGCACUGGAAUCCACACAAGAUCGAGCGACACUCACCGACUACGAAGCGAGGCGGUUGCUUAAUGCCAUUGUCAAAGAAUUUGUGCAAAUGACUGCAGAGGACAUGGAGCAACAAGCUUCUGAAGAAAACAGCCUGGGUAGACCCGUGUCCAAGCGCUGCUCCAGUCUCAGCACCUGUGUGCUGGGGAAACUGUCCCAGGAGCUGCACAAGCUGCAGACGUAUCCACGCACCAAUGUAGGAGCGGGUACACCGGGCAAGAAGCGCAGCCUGGAAGACAAUGAUGCGUUUGCUGGAUACGGAGAGGCAAUCAAUCGUAUCUAAUCGGCAGCGGUUAUUUCCCCAUGCAUGGCCCCGAUAUGCGAGCGCAUGCUGAAGUUUGCCUGCCUGAUUGACUUGAAAGAACAUUUUUUUCUACUUUCUUUGGCAGAGUAACACAUCUCAGACAGACUCUGUUGCACUAAUUUCGUAUAGUCACUGGAUCUAUUUAGGGUAUAUAAGUGAGCCAUGAUACCGGAGAGCUCUCAUUGGUAGCUUUUUCAAACUCAAAGAGAAAUUUCUGUCUUGUUUGAUUUGAUUUUGCUCCUGGUCUAAUAAAGAUAUUUUUA